AUGGUAAGUGUAACCAUUAAUGAAAGAAGUGAGCAUCAACCAAUCAAAAGCUUUCGCCUAAGAUGUCAUGAAUCUCACGAUAAUUCCAUGUUUGAAUACCUUGUUUCGACAUUGUUAACCGCUGCAACAGAACGUGGAGUGAAGCACCUAGACAUUCACAUGUAUGAUACUCUGAAGUCGAGUGUCAAUUCUUGCGUUUUCUGUUCUAUUAAUCUUGUUGUUCUAAAGCUGAAAGGUGUAAGUGUGAAUCAUUUUAUACCAGCUAACCUUCCCUCACUUAGAACUCUACACUUGAAUAGAGUUCAAUUUAUUGAUGAUGGUCAAAUUGUGGAAAUUCUGAAUGCUUGUCCAGUUCUUGAAGAUUUGGAAAUGAAAGAUAUAUCAAUCACAUUUUGGUCAGAUGAGUCAGAUGAAGAUGUUAAAAAAUUAACUAAUUUGAUAAGGGCGGAUCUUACUAAUGUCUCUCGUUAUGGUGUUUAUCUGGAUGUGUUGUCUAAUGUUGAGUUUCUUCGGUUGGAGAGCAUGAGAAUAUGCAGUUCAUCUUCCUUGAAUAACCAGGAAAGGAUGGAAAUGAUGAAAGAAUUAUUGGCAUUGCCAAGGAUCUCUGUUACUUGUGGGAUUUAUUUUGAAUGA